ACCGCUAUAAAGCACAUCACCUUCUCUUAUCGUACCAGACAAUUUAGCUACUACAUAGUGUCGAUUAAGCAAUACAGUCACCAAUAGUAUGAUGAUUGACAGUGAGAAAGCUUCGGACGAGACCUCUAAAGAAGGCUUUCCGACAGAGGAUGUUCCUCGUCCAAAUGCCGACGACGCACCGGACGUACCUUCUUUUGGACGGCUUCUCACCUUGGCGAAACCCGAAUGGACGAUGCUUGCCGUAGCAUUCAUUUUAAUGGUAGGCGCUGAGGGACUGGGUCUCUACAAUCCGGUGCUUCUUGCCGACGCGUACGACUACUUGAUAAAUCCACUGCUGACGACGUCCGAGCGUAUGACCGAGAUCAAUGGAGUAAUGGCGUUGGUUUUGAUACUACACGGAGCUGGUGUAGUUGGAGGCUUCUUUCGCGUUGCCAUCAUGCAAUCAGCAGGGGAGCGAAUUGUUGCGAGACUUCGUUAUGAUUUAUACUCGUCUAUCUUGAGCCAGGAUAUUGCAUUCUUUGACAAGACCAAGUCUGGCGAGCUGGUUUCUCGUCUGUCCUCAGAUACCACUUUACUGCAGAAAGCGACCAGCCAAGCUGUUCCAGAAGUGUGUGUUGGAUUCGUGAAACUAGUUGCUUCGAUUGCCAUUAUGUUCUGGAUUUCUGCUCCUCUCGCCGGCGUAACACUCGCUUGCGUUUUCCUCAUCUUUGUCGUUGUGAUUCCUUUUGGGAAAUGGAUUGGAGCCUUGUCGAAGAGGUACCAGGACGCCCUGGGAAAGGCACAAACAAGGUCAACGGAAGCUCUCGGUGCCAUGCGAACGGUGCAGUCGUUUGCUGCUGAAGACCGUGAAAGGGCACGCUACAGAGAAGUUAUAGGUGAUCCAAUGCAGUUCCCUUUUUGGUAUCCCACUGAUCAUAAGAAACACGAGACGACGUACAGCGUGGGAUUUUUCAAAUCGAUCGUCAACUCUGGUUUCUAUUCGAUCAUUUUUGGUGUCGGCUUUGGUUGCUUGUACAUUUCUUUGUGGUUUGGGUUCAAGCUUGUCAAUGAUGGAGAUAUUUCCUUGGGCGAUUUGACAGCGUUUCAGUCGUAUGUCUUUCAAAUUGGGGCAUCCCUGGGGCAAACCAGCGCUGCGAUCACCCAGCUAGUCGAAGCCAAAGGUGCUUCUGGUCGAGUAUUCUACUUGCUGGACCGAGUCCCAUCUAUUCCUACUCCUUUGCUUGGGGACGACAAAAACGAUGAAGAAGUACCCCCCACUCCACUCAAACCUGAGUCCAUGAUGGGUGCCGUUGCGUUCAACAAUGUCUCUUUUUCUUAUCCCUCGCGCCCUGAUCUACCAGUGCUUCGCAACUUUUCAUUAUCUAUUCUUCCAAAUACAACCGCUGCAUUGGUUGGGUCUUCUGGCGCUGGAAAAAGUACCGUUGUGGCGUUGAUUCAGCGAUUUUACGAUGUGACGGAUGGAUCCGUCACAAUUGACGGUAAUGAUAUACGCGAUCUGGAUGUGAAAUGGCUGCGUCGCCGUGUGGGAUACGUCCAGCAGGAACCUUCCGUAUUUGGUUUGUCCGUGCGUGAGAAUAUUACGUACGGUGUCGACCGCAUGGUGUCACAAGAAGAAUUGGAGGCGUGUUGUGAAAAGGCCAACGCGCACGACUUUAUUGCGCAGUGGCCAAACGGUUACGAAACUUUGGUGGGCGAACGAGGCAUACAGCUCAGCGGAGGACAGAAACAGCGAUUAGCUAUUGCUCGUUCACUGCUAGUCGAUCCACGAAUUCUUCUGUUGGACGAAGCCACAUCUGCGUUAGACGCGGAGUCGGAGCAUUUAGUUCAAGAAGCAAUUGACAAGGCAGCCGAAGGUCGAACAACAAUAAUUGUAGCACAUCGGCUGUCCACGAUUCGUCGUGCCAGCCAGAUUGUCGUCGUCGAUGACCAUCAAAUUAUUGAUGUCGGGAGCCAUGAUGCACUGUUAGAGCGAUGUCCCAAGUAUCAAGAUUUGAUUAGGCGUCAAUCAGUGUUCAGUACGAAAUAAGAAUUUCUGACAAGAUUCGGUCCUGCAUCAAUCAAACGCGUCAGGCAAAUGGCCUUUUCUUAGAAUCAGCACAAUUUCCCAUUUACAACGACACUAACGGGGGGAGUUGGAAGCGUGCGUCAUGAAUAGGUUUAUUCUUUAAUAGUAUCCAAAACUUGCCGCGUCC